AUGAGCGACUUCCACCACCUCCAAGGCUCAAGCAAAGAGUGGCUCGCAAUACAAGACACCCUCCCUGCCACCGUUCCCAACCCUUCCAACCUCGAGGACAUCCUCGCCCUCCGCGAUGCCACCAACACCACACGCGAGCAGGCGGCGGCGACACUCAUGCAGCAACUCGGACCCUUAGUAUCCACCCAAAACCACUCCAUCCCCACCCGCGACAACAAACUCCUGCAAGCCCGCACAUACAAGUCCCCAUCCCUCCCCAGCUCCACCACCUCCCCCCUCUACCUCCACCUCCACGGCGGCGGCUUCCUCUUCGGCACCCUGUCCUCCGAAGACGCGGCCUGCGCGCAUGUCGCUCUCGACGCACAAGUCACAGUCCUGAAUGUCUGCUACCGCCACACGCCCGAGCACCGCUACCCCACCGCCUGGAACGACGUUGCGGACGCCCUGCAGUGGGUCGAAGCGAACCUCGACGUCCUGGGCAUAGACCCCCAGCGCGUCGUCGUAGGCGGCACGUCCGCUGGCGCAUGGCUCACUGCCUCCACUCUGCUCACACGCGCGUCGUACCCCGGCGCACUCCGCAUCGUCGGGCAAGUUCUGAUGAUCCCCUGCCUCGUGUUUCACGAGUGCAUCGGUCCGCAGCUCGCGAGACUCAAGGACCCCGGUGCAUCCUCCUACGUCCAGAACCGCGACGCGCCUAUCCUUCCCGAGUCACGGAUGCGAUUGUUCUCCGACCUGCUAGAGGUGCGAGACCCGCAGGAGAGCGAUCUGCGUCUCAAUCCUGGCAACGCCGAGGUGGAGGAUGUCAAGCACCUUCCCCCGACAGUCUUCGGCAUCGCUGGGCUGGACUUUCUGAGAGACGAAGGACUGUUGUAUGCUAAAUUGCUUCAUGAGGCUGGUAUCCCGACCAACGUCCACGUCUUCGCAGGCGUGCCACACGGGUUUCGACGGUUUGGAGACAGAUUACCGGAAUCCGCUCGAUGGGAUCAGGUGAUUGUGGACGGUAUUCGAUGGGCGCUGUCGCGGCCCACGCACUCGGAAGCGUUUUCGAUCGAUACUGGACGUUGA